CAGGAACAGCGGAGAGGCUGGAUCGCAACCAGACAGCGCAGCUCGCCCCUGCCCCUCUCUCUCUCUCUCUCUCUCUCUCUCUCUCUCUCUCUCUCUCUCUCUCUCUCUCCUGCAAGGGAAGAGUAAAACCCACUCUCUCCUCGCUCUCGCUCUCUGAUCCGCGGCUGCCUCGGCUGGUUUGGCAAUGCCUGGGUGGCUCUUCGCACGACCCGCCGCCUGAGUCCAGGGGGAGCGCCGGGAGCGCAGCGCCUGCCGCCGCCCCCUCUCCGCCCCUCCAUCCCAUCUCGCGGACCUGAGCGCCGCCGCUUCCCUGGAGGCUCCUGCCGGCUGACUUCUUCUCUUCCUCCUCCUCCUCCUCCUUCCUGGGUCUUCCCACGGCGGCGCCUCUCUCUCUCUCUUCCCCCCUCCGCUUGCGCUUUCUUCUCUCCAUCGGUCGGUGAUGUGUCUAUUUACAUCAGCCCCGAACUUCUCCCAGGAACAGCUCGACUCUAGGUUAUGGGCAAGUCAGAAAGUCAGAUGGAUAUAACUGAAAUGAACCUUGCAAAAGAAAAGAAAAAACUGCGAUGGAGUGCUCUGGAAAUCGGGCUUGCCGUUGUCGUUGCUCUCCUUGCUAUCAUAGCUAUCACCAUGAUCAUUCUGUAUGCAACCUAUGAUGAUGGUGUUUGCAAAACUUCAGACUGUAUAAAAUCAGCUGCCCGAAUCAUCGAAAACAUGGAUGCUACUUCAGAGCCUUGCAAAGACUUUUACCAGUAUGCCUGUGGAGGAUGGUUAAAGAAGAACAUCAUUCCAGAGACGAGUUCCCGUUAUAGUAACUUUGACAUUUUGAGAGAUGAACUCGAAGUUGUUUUGAAAGACGUCCUCGACAAGGCAAAGAGUGAUGAUAUAGAAGCUGUCAAGAAAGCAAAAACGCUCUACAGGUCUUGUGUAAACGAAACCGCUAUUGAUAGCAGAGGAGGCAAACCACUCAUUGACAUCUUGCCAACUUUUUCUGAUUGGCCUGUGGCAUCAGACUCCUGGGACGUCGAUUAUGGUGCUUCAUGGAAUGCAGAGAAGUCUAUCGCAGAAUUAAACUCUAAGUAUGGAAAGAAGGUCAUCAUUAGCCUGUUUGUUGGUACAGAUGAUAAAAACUCCACGCAACAUGUAAUCCAUAUCGAUCAGCCUGGACUUGGACUCCCUUCCCGCGAUUACUAUGACUGCGCUGGAGUAUACAAAGAGGCAUGUUCAGCCUAUGUUGAGUUUAUGAUUUCCGUAGCAAAGCUGAUCCGCCAGGAAAGAGGUCUUACGAUCGACGAGAACCAAAUUUCCACAGAAAUGAACAAAGUUAUGGAUCUGGAGAAGGAGAUUGCAAAUGCUACAACCAAAGCUGAUGACAGAAACGACCCUCUCCUGCUGUACAAUAAAAUGACACUCGCCAAUGUCCAGAAGAACUUCACUUUUGAAGUUAAUAACCAGCAAUUCAACUGGUUAACAUUCAUAAACCAUAUCAUGUCAACUGUGCAAAUUAAUAUUGACGAAACUGAAGAUGUGGUUGUUUAUGCUCCAGACUAUCUCAACAAGCUAAAAGCUAUCCUUAAUAAAUACUCUCCCAGAGAAAUUCAGAACUACAUGAGCUGGAGAUACAUAAUGGAUAUGGUAAACACUCUAAGUCGUAACUACAGGGACACAAGGAAUAAUUUCCGUAAGGUGCUUUAUGGCACAACCUCGGAUGCUGCUGUCUGGCGCCGUUGCGCAAACUAUGUCAAUGGCAACAUGGAGAAUGCUGUGGGAAGGCUGUAUGUACAAGAAGCAUUUGCUGGAGACAGUAAACACGUGGUGCAAGAGAUGAUCACUCAGAUUCGUGAGGUUUUUAUACAAACACUUGAUGAGCUCAAUUGGAUGGAUGCAGAAACCAAAAAGAAAGCAGAAGAAAAGGCCAUAGCAAUCAGAGAAAGAAUUGGCUACCCUGAUGAGAUUCUGACGGAUACUAAUAAGCUGAAUGCGGAAUACAAAGAUCUGCACUACAAAGAAGAAGAAUAUUUUGAGAACAUUAUUCAGAACUUAAACUUUAGCCAGAAGGAAAGGCUGAAGAAGCUUAGAGAAAAAGUGGACAAGGAAGAGUGGAUAAGUGGCGCAGCUGUCGUCAAUGCCUUUUAUUCAGCAAGCAGGAAUCAAAUUGUCUUUCCUGCUGGCAUUUUGCAACCACCUUUCUUCAGUGCAGCUCAGCCUAAAUCCUUGAAUUAUGGUGGCAUUGGCAUGGUCAUUGGGCAUGAAAUCACUCAUGGCUUUGACGAUAACGGUAGAAAUUUUAAUGAGAAUGGGGACCUUGUAGACUGGUGGAGUCAAACAUCUGCAACAAAUUUUAAGAAGCAGUCUGAGUGCAUGGUAAACCAGUAUGGAAACUUCAAAUGGGAUCUGGCUGGUGGACAAAAUCUCAGCGGAAUCAAUACCCUUGGUGAAAACAUUGCCGAUAAUGGUGGCAUCAGACAAGCAUACAGGGCCUAUGAAAAGUUUGUAGAGAAGAACGGAGAGGAGAAGCUGCUCCCCGGACUCGACUUCAACCAUAAGCAGCUGUUCUUUCUGAACUUUGCACAGGUAUGGUGUGGGACAUACAGGCCGGAAUAUGCUAUCAACUCUAUUAAAACAGAUGUCCACAGCCCAGGCCAAUUCAGGGUCCUAGGAACACUGCAGAACACAGCAGAGUUUUCUGAAGCCUUUAAGUGUACCAAUGCGGAAUACAUGGACCCCGUGAAAAAGUGCCGCAUUUGGUGAUGAAGGUACAUAGAGUGGACUCGAAGGAGAAGAAGCUUUCCAGAAAUUGAGAAUGUUUUGAGGAUGGCCAGAGUGGAUUUGUCACAAAAAAAGGAACGAUAACAGAGACAUACCAAGUGAUGCAUUUUCUAGAAAGGGAGGAGGAGGAGAAAACCUCGCUAAGGCAGCGACUGCCAACAAUUACUCUGGCGAAACUUGGGAAAUGAUAAAUCACUGCAUACUUAAGGGUUCUUCAUUUCUUUUCCCCACAAUGAUCUUUACCAUUUUAAUCCUGCUUUCCAUUUAGCCUGCAGAUUCUAUUUCAUGUUUUACCCUUUCCAUCGCCACGUUUUUCUGUGAAAGUGAGUCCCACCGAUUCCAGUGAAACUUGUUUCCAGGAAAGCGCAUUCAGCCUUAAUGACCUGCCGUCCCAUGAAGGUGUUCCGAUAUUUAUAAAUCAGACGAAAGAAGGGAGCACCAAGCCACACGGUAGCUUGGACAUGUGUCAAGUGAGUCCAAAGCCUACGAUGUGGUUUCUCACACAUCUCCUAUUACGGCUGGCGUGCUUCACCAAAUGCUUGUGUCUCCCAAGGUGGCCUUGGGAACUGCGAGGUCUGAAGGAAAAAAGAACCCUAUAAGGGACGAUAGCGAUUUGCCAUUUGUAAAUGCUCAAAAAUCGGUGCACCCUUUU